AUGGCUCACCACGCGAGGCCUUCCAGAUCAGUCAAAAAGGAAGAGCUGGGCAAAAGGAAAACUAACCAGGGCAAAAAGAAAUCUAGCCAAGUGAGAAAGAAAACCACAAAGACUUCCACAAAAGCUGUUAGUUCUGGAAGAGGCAAAAAGCCACCACAAGAAAAAGAUGUUAAGAAAAAACAGCAAGAAAAGAAACCAAUCAUGAGCUCUUCAGGUAGACUUCUCAGGAGCAGUGUAACCAGAACCUUGUCUGGAGCAUCUUGGGUGAGUUUGGAGAAAGCUGACAACAUUCUCUUUCAUAGCCAGGAUUCUUUCAACAUCCAUGGCUUUACAAUGUCUCUCCGUAACCGAUCAUUCUCCCGUAGAUGGUCCCAAACUCCAGCAAUUGCAAAACCCAAGAAGGCUGCAGCACAAAAAAGGCUAGAAACAAAGGAAAAACAUGAACAAGGAGCCCUGGCAGUAGUAGAAGAAAAUAAUGUUGAAGCAGACGAAAGAGUUUUGAAGCAAGAUUUAGCACAAAAUGAAUUCGUUCCUCUGCCUGUAGAAGAUACUUCAUGUAGUGUAGGCGAAGAGCCUGCUAUCACAUGUGCCAGUCAAGAGGUAGAAAUACCUGAUACAAAUGACUCCGUUCCAAGCAGUCAGGUAACUGAUGAUGAUACAGAAGUGUUAGAGGUGAAAUACAAGCAUGAAGACCUGCCCUGUGAGCAUAUACCCAGCAAUCUUGGUAUGAGUAGUUUGGCUGAAGCAUUUGUUGAAGAUGCUGCGCUUGUGCUUCCAUCUUCUCCUUCUGACUCCAUAAUCACCUCUGAAUUAAACUCGAAGGUGUGUGCAGAGACACCCUUCGAUCAGGUGCCUGUUAGUAAAGAACCUGACUCCAGUUCUGUCCAUACCUCAGAUCUCAGCUCAGCAGUACCAUUAGAAGAGUCAGUCCCACUUGUCAAAUCCCCCAUUGAAGCAAAGUCAGACAUGGUGCUACCUAGUGAAGAACACGACUCGAAUUCUGAAUCUAUUGUUACCUCUGAGUUUAACUCACAAGAACAUUUAUUAGAAGCUGCAAGCUCACUUGCAGAGUCCUGCUUGAAGGCAGACUGGGAUUUAGAGUCUGAGAAAAAAGACAUUUUUUCAAAUUCCAGCUCUAUAGCUGCCACUGAAUCAAAUUCGCUUUUACAUUUUGAAGGUGCGAGCUUGCUUGCAGAAUCCCACAUGAAACUGGUUGUGGAUUUUGUACCCAUUCACAAAGAACUUGACUCAAAUUUGGAUUUGAGCUGUAGAAGAGAGAAUUCAGAAUCUGACUCAAAAAACAUAUUUACAGUGUGUGAACCAGUUUCCGAUACCUCUUUAAACAAUAUUGAAGUGGAGGACAUUGAACAGCUUGUUAAAUGCAUUGAUGCAGAGACAUUAAUUUUGAAUUCAGGUUAUGCCCCCACUUUAUCUCCAGACUUGGUGGAAAAAAGCACAGUUGAUAAAAUCUCUGGUGAAAGCUCUGGACAAUUCUCUGAAGGUUUUGUUUUGGAGUUGCCUUCAAGCAUGGAAAUCUCUGCUCUUGCCUCAGAAAAAGCCAUAAAUGCAGAUCUGCCAGCUGACUCAAGACUGCAGCAUGAUUAUUCAUCACAGCUGGGGAGAGUCGGAGUGAGCUUGAAUUUGGUUCAGGACAGUGUGAGUGACAGCACUGAAGCAGUUGAGGCCUCAGGGCCAUCCUCUCUGAAAAAUCCAGCUGGCAGUUUCCCUGCUCCAUAUUCAUCUCUGCUCCCUAUGCUGGAGAAGAAGAAGCGAAGGCGCUGUGGAGUGUGUGAGCCCUGUCUGCGGAAAACAAAUUGUGAAGAAUGCAGCUGUUGCAGGAAACGCAAAACGAGUCACCGGAUAUGUAAGAAGAGAAAAUGUGAAGAACUGAAAAAGCCACCACCACCUGUCAUGCUACCUUUUGAGGUUCUAACUGAAAACAAAAGGCCUCAGAGGAGGAAGCAAAGAGUUUUAAAGGCAAAUUUAGAAAACAAACCAGUAAAUGGCCGCAGACCAGAACUCAUGGAAUGCAGUAUAUGUGGUCAUGGUGAAAAAUACAGGGUGAAAACAAACCAAACAGUACCCGUUGAAAAUGUGCAGUCUAAGGAGAGAGAGAGAAUGACAGGCUUAGAAGCAGAUAAGUGGGCACAUAAUGAGAAGCCAUCUUUUGGUGUCCAUGUCAAUGGAGAUAUCCAUGGAACUGUGACAGGCAAUGAACACUUGAAAAAUGCUGAAGGCUGUGAAAGAACAGUCUCUCCCAGUCAGUUAGAUGAGCCAAAAAAAUCAUUUGCACAGGCCAUCAGAAAUGGCAUAAAAACUCUACAUUAUUCACCACCAGAAACAGUUGCUUCACUGAAAAGAGUGUCCAUAGAGGAAAGGACAGAUUUGACAAGCAACUCCCAUAUGCAAUGGAUGAAGGGUGCUAAUCUGAGUAACAUAGUAAACACUCUGACGACUGGCAUCGGCUGUGUUCACCCAGAAAAACAAGGAAAUCUUUUAAUGAAAGAGGAAAACUGCACUUGCAGCAUCUUUGAGGACUCUAAGUCAGUUUUGCAGACGUGUUCCAUUUCAGAUCUGCAAGAAAGCUUGUGUUGUCCUCCCCUGCCUGAAGAGGAAGUGCAUGUAGGGAAGGAUGGCUAUAAAGUACCUAAGGCAGAGACACAGCACGAGGAUUCUUCACUCCAGCCGACUUUCUUGUCCCUGAUUAAAACCAGAAAUUUAACUGUAGAGCAGGUUGUAGCUAUUGAAGCUUUAACACAGUUAUCCGAAGCCCCUUUAGAAACAACUUCACCAGCUAAAACUGAAAGUACUGAAUGUACAGAAGAAACAACUUCCAACUUGCUCCAUAGUUAUAAAAGGGAUAUCUCAUCCUCCUUCACGUCUUCUGCACUAAAAGAAAUCCAAGACACUUACUUACAGAAUGAGCAACAGCUCUUGGCUCACUGUGCUCAGUCGCAGAAGCAGCUCCCUAAUAAGGCAGUGUUGUAUAAUGGCCAAAGUUCAGCUUCUGAAUUGCGUGAUAAACCCGCCAACCUGGCUGGUGAGAUGUACAAAUUACAGUUAUCCUCAAGAGAUACCAGAACUUUAUCUGACCUAACAUCUAAUGCAAAAUCAUUUUCGGGAUAUACUACCAAGAAAAGUUACACUCACGAUCCAGUCACCCUUGCACGGUGUUGCAAACAAGUCCAGCAAACAAGUAACAACUUGGAAACUCUUGGCCAGGUAGAGCCCAAGCCAGCCUGCGAUGAUUUGAACUUGGAAAGUGGUUCUUUGAUUAAAGAAGGAGGAAUUCACAGCCAGGAUGAAGAGGAUGUAGCCACACAACUGACUCAACUUGCGGCCCUGAUUGAAUCAAACCAGGCAAAUCCAGAGCAGAAGCAUGACAUAAAGGCAUCACUGUUUAAUCUAAUAUCACACGAGAGACAGCCAAAGUGUAACCAAGAUAUGCUGCAGAAAAAAGAACCUCUAUUUUUUCGGAAUAAUUACAGUUCCUUACUGUUAAAGCAAAAGCACCCGACAAAUAAAAAAGGCAGUGCUGUACCAUGGAAACCAAGGCACAAAAAAAAGCCUCAAGAAGAACGCUAUCAACAAAAUAAUCAAAACCAGCCAGAGCUGUUGUCAUGCCAGCAUAGCGAGUUACAGGACAUUUGGAUAUCAUCAAAACUGCACAAGCUUGGUCAAACCGUGCCACAGGACUCCAGAACAGCUCCAUCUGAAAAAAAAUCUCCAAGAACCAAAGUACAGAGAGCACCGAAUCAAAAUACUUCAGCAUCACAAGAAAAGCCUAGGUUGUUUCUCCCACAAACACAGAUAAAAUUCCACAGAUGUCUACCUGAGGUACCACAAGAGAAAAAAAAAGACAAGUUGUUUAGCUGUGAGGUGGGGAACGAGCCCAUCAAAACUGGUUCUGGUGAACCACUAGGCACUGACCUGCUGAACAAUGAAGUCGUGGCACGUAACGAAUACAGCGACCUGUCCUCCCAUAAUCCUCUAGCUGUUUCACAGUUGAAAACAGCAUCCUUCUCAAACAAACCAAGUGAAAACCUACCCGUGUUUACAGAAAAAUGCAAUUCUCAGGUACAGCAAACACCGGAUGUCAGUCAGAUGCAUCCUUUGCCUCAGACUUUUAAUCAGUCUAACCUGAGAGCUAACGAAACGCGUAGUGAAGACCAAGCCAAUAUUCAGCAGGGUGCUGUCCUACAACAAGUAGAUCCCAAGUUAAAGGUGCUGCCUGUUCCCUGUGGCGGGGCCCAGGUACCAGGUGCUGUUGAAGCUCUCAGGAAUAUGGAGUGUGCGGGCGAAGUGACCGUUCUGACGUCAACCAGUUUGGGUGCUGACCACUCACAGAGCACAGGCGACUCAGGGUGUUCUCCAGCAAAAAACACACUCAGCAGUUUCCUUGAAUCACCUAUGAAGUUUCUUGAUACCCCAACAAAAAAUUUGAUAGAUACACCUACAAAAAAAGGACAGUCUGAGUUGCCAACUUGUGACUGUGUUGAGCAAAUUAUAGAGAAAGAUGAAGGUCCAUAUUACACACACCUCGGGACAGGACCCAGUGUUGCUGCUGUGAGAGAAAUAAUGGAGAACAGGUAUGGAGCAAAAGGAAGCGCUGUGAGAAUAGAGGUAGUGGUUUAUACAGGAAAGGAAGGAAAAAGCUCUCAGGGGUGUCCAAUUGCCAAGUGGGUGAUCCGAAGAAGCAGUGAUGAGGAGAAGCUGCUGUGCUUGGUCCGUCAGCGUGCAGGACACCACUGCCAAACUGCUGUCAUUGUGAUCCUCAUCCUGGCCUGGGAAGGGAUCCCCCACCUCCUGGCUGACACACUUUACAAGGAGCUGACACAGAGUCUCAGAAAGUAUGGCUGUCCCACCAGCCGCAGAUGUGCCCUCAACGAAGAUCGUACUUGUGCAUGUCAAGGACUUGAUCCAGAAACUUGUGGAGCAUCGUUCUCAUUUGGCUGUUCAUGGAGUAUGUAUUUCAAUGGCUGUAAGUUUGCCAGAAGCAAAAACCCCAGGAAAUUCAGGCUUCUCACUGAUGACCCUAAACAAGAGGAACUUCUUGAAAAUAAUUUGCAAACUUUAGCUACUGAUGUGGCUCCAGUUUACAAAAAGCUUGCUCCUGAAGCUUUCCAGAACCAGGUGGAAAACGAGCACAUGGGCCCAGACUGCCGGCUGGGCUCCAAGGACGGCCGGCCCUUCUCGGGGGUGACAGCCUGCAUCGACUUCUGUGCCCACGCCCAUAAGGACACACACAACAUGCACAAUGGCAGCACCGUGUCCCAAGGCUGCCCAGAAGAGGUCUGUACAUUAACGAAGGAAGACAACCGGAGAGUGGGGGUGAUUCCAAGUGAUGAACAGCUCCAUGUGUUACCUCUCUACAAAAUUUCACAAACGGAUGAAUUUGGCACUGAAGAGGGACUUGAAGCUAAGAUCAAAGCCGGAGCCAUACAGGUGCUUACAGCUUUUCCCAGAGAAGUUCGAAUGUUAGCAGAGCCUCUCAGAGCUACAAAGAAGAAGAAGCCAGACACAAGAAGGACCUCAAGUGAAAAGCAGCCCUUAAUAGAUAAAAAAUAUUCGACGCCAGUAAAGCUGAAAACUGAAGCCCCGGAAAAUCUUGGCAACACUUUGCAUUGUUUAGGGAACAAAACAGAUGCUUUAAGACCUGGGAUAAAAACGGAGCCUUCUGAUCACCUCUAUGCCAUGAAAAAUGCUUCAAACGUUACUAAAAAUUGUUCUUUAUUAAAACAGUAUACAGCUUCCUCCCCUUUUAAGGUGGAUGAUUUACAUCCUUACUCAUCUUUAGAACAUAAGCCUGGCAUAACAGCAGUGACUAACAUUCAACAAGAUUUCUCAGUUCCCUACGGGUAUUUCGAGUGCAGUAGUAAGCAACCUCACGUGACACCUUACGUUAAUUGUAAGAACUUUGAUGUGUCGGUCAAAGAUUAUACUGGAAUUUUGCUGAAUGAUAAGAUGAACGGUGCUCCACCCAUCCUUCCAGAGGUCACUGCUCCAGGCCCCCCAGCCCACAGAGACCCCCUGCCCACUAUACUUGAACAUCAGCCAGACAAACAGAAUUGUCAGCUGCAGUUAGACAACUCUCCUUCUUCACAGAUGAUCAGCUCUUGUGAUUUGUCAGUACCACAAAGCUCUCCAGCCAAGGAUGCUGUUGGAAAUGAAGCUGACUGUUCCCAUGGAUGCCCGAUGGAAAAGGGCAGCUCCCAUGGAGAGCAGAUGUGUGAUUUUGACUGUGUUGAGGAAAAGCAAAACAGUGCACUGGGACAACCAACCGAGUCUGAAGAAAAAGCUGAGGAACUGUGGUCAGACAGCGAGCACAAUUUUUUGGAUGGCGACAUUGGCGGGGUGGCUGUGGCACCUUCUCAUGGCUCUAUCUUAAUCGAAUGUGCCCGACGUGAACUCCACGCUACCACACCUAUUAAAAAACCCAACCGCAAUCACCCCACCAGAAUUUCUUUAGUUUUCUACCAACACAAAAAUUUAAAUGAGCCAAAACAUGGUUUAGCCAUGUGGGAAGCAAAGAUGGCCGAGAGGGCAAAAGAAAAGGAAAAAGAAGCAGAAAGAUUAGGAACCGAGAACACUGAACUCAACUCCAGCAGCAGGAAAACAAAGCAAACGAGUGAAAACAGAGAUAUUUUUUAUGAAGACAACGAGUUCAACCAAAUCCCAUCACGAAGAGCAUUGACUGUAACAAAGGACAACGUGAUAACAGUAUCUUCGUAUGCCCUCACCCGAGUUGCAGGGCCCUACAACCAUUGGGCAUAGGUUUUUGUAUCGAAUGCCUCCUCUUGGUGCAGUGUUACACAGUGUUUUUUUAAGGUGCUGUUAAGAACAAGCCUUGUGUCGUUUACUAUUUGCUCAUCUCAACCAUUUUAAGGCUGAGGUAAAAAAAAAAGGGGGGGGAAUUUCUUCUUAAACUGUGACUUUAACAUUUGGUGGUGCUCAAGCACAUUUUAAGCAAAAAAAAAAAGUUGUAUAGAUUUAAUACAUUCUAAAAAAAUAUUUUCUUUAGGUUAUUAACCUUGAUUGAAUCAUUCAGUUUAUUACCUUUAGGAAUUUAUAUUUUGGUGCUUUAAAUCAAGUCUGUUUACUACAAAAAUCAUUUAUAGGGAUUUUAACAGGUUCACAUUUUAUGAUGUUAAAUCAAGUUAUAUGGUAAUAGCUCUACACAGCUCUUGGUGCUUAACCACAUCAAACAUUUAAAAAUAAGCUGAAUUAUUACUUCAUGGUGCCAUUGCUUUAACAACUUCCAACCAUUGCUAUAUAGUCCAAAUUACAGAUAAAUCUUUUAGAAAACCAAUGAAUUUUUUUCUCUAGAUUUGUCAUUGUGUAUGAAAUGAAGUUAUUGGUAAUGAUGGCUGGAAGUUGUUUCUAAGCUGUAAAUAUAUAUUUUAAAAGCACUUUCUAUUUUUAAAAUUAACUUGAAAUAGUAUAGUAUAAGGAUCAUAUUGUCUAAGGUUUGUGCAUACUCUACAGAAGAAAUAAUUUUAUUCUUGCUGUGUGGAGUUCCAUAUUGUUACAGCUGCAGUAUCUAUGCUAAUAGCAUAUGAUUGUUUUUAGACUUGCCCUUUUUCAUUGAAGAUUUUAUGUUGCAUAUACACAACAGUUAUAAAAUACAGAAACAUUUUGUUUUCAAGAGAGUGUACAAACAUGAAAUUAGGAGAUGUCAAUACGUGUGUUGCUAUUGGGAGUUAGGAAUAUUAUUUGUUUUUUUAAAGGCAGCGUUUGUUAUGAUUUUUUUGAGCAAUAAGUGCAGAAGUCUCAUUCAUUCGGAGCAUCAGAAGUUAACAUGACAGCCAAGUGCUCCUAAUGCCUCAGGGGUAGGAUUGUUUUGGGAUUUAAAAAAAAAAAUACCCCGUAGAGUUGCCUUAUUCUAUUCUGGGAAAAAACCAAACAGUAAUUUGGGGAAAAUACAAAGGAAGUGUUGGGAAAGUAUGAAAUUUCUAAUACUUAACAGCAAAUUUUUCAUGAAGAAUAACCUAUCUGUAAUAUUCACCAGCUUUCUAAGUUCAGUUUUUUUACAAAAAUGUUCUGUAACUGUUUGAAGUGAUUUAUACAUUUCAUGUAGAAAGGGUUGUAUUCUUCCUUCCAAACAGAUGAAAUUUAUGUUCUCCAUUUCUGUUGAAAAAGUGACAUAUCACUUAACGAGUAUGUGCUAAACCAGAGGAAAACCAGACACUCCGUUGCUUUUGAAUACUGUAGCAUCCCACUCUUCUUUCUGAUUCUCCUCUCCUAUGUAUUUCUUUUUUUAACCUUAUUUAUUUAAACAAAUUACCAAAUUAUGUUAGCUAAGGACCAGACCUCAUCCUGCAACUCCUUUCCUGGGAACAGGUGGAGCUGGGAGGUCUGCUCAGGCCAGGACCCCUCUGGUGACUGAGAGCUGCAGGAUCAGGCCCCAGAGACAAAGCUGUACCUAACUCUGCCUUGGAGUCCUCCCCGGCCGGGUAACCUGUAGGGAUGAUGAGGUCAGAGUUUUCUAGUGUGAAAAUAUGCUAAUAAUGUACUUGAUAAUAUUGUAAGGUAGCGGUGCUGUAACAGAGGAAUAUGGACUGUCUAGAUCUGCUUUAUUUAAAACCUAGACAAGGUGCUUUUUCCUUGAAGAGGUGCAUUGUAAGUGCUAUAUUUACAGUUUUGGUACGAAAAGUCCCUCAGUUGCAUUUUUAACACAUAGUGUCAGCUGGGACCUUGGUGCUUCAGAUGCGGCUGUAGAUCCAUGAGACUCUUCUCCUGUGUACGUGUAUCUGCCUGUAGUGUUUGCAGGAGCAAGGUCUGAAAUAGCAACCCCUAUGUAACAAACUUGGGUUCAAUUCCACAGAUUCCUGUGGAAAUUAGCAGAAACGUUGCUGGCAGAGGAUGGCUGAAUUGAAUUGAACCCAUUAUUUGUAUCUUACCUAUUUUAAGUAAAAAUUUGUACAAACCGGGUAUGCUGCAAAUUUUAGUUCAAAGCUUAAUAUUAGCUCAAAUAGAGGAUAUGAAGGGAUUGUAAAUAAUAAUAAAACCAAUAUUAUGCCAUCAUUUUGUACCAGCAGUUUUAUGCUUCUUGACUAUGUAAUAUACAGUAUACAUCAAAACAUUAUGGUAUUUUGUGUGCCUUAGAUUUGCAUUUUAAAACUUGUCUAUUUUUGGCGAGCCGAAGAUUAGUAAGAAUUCCAGCUGUCCAUACAGUAAGUAGUACUGUAUGUUCUCUAGCUGUUCCAUUCAUGUAUUUGCUCUCUGAAAACCCUUGUCCAACACCACAAUUGAUCCUUUACAGAAAAGAUCAGUCUGUUGGUUUCACUGAUAGAGCUGACAGCUUUAGUUUGUAUAAUGCAAAUGGAACAAAUAAUUUCUCAUUCAGCACUCCCACGUGAGUGACUAUUUUUCUACACAAAAUUAGGAAGCUACUUUUGCCUUUUAAAAAGUUAAGACCGUUAAAGUGGAUCGUUUUUACUUGAAUGUUCCCCACUAACUGCCCAUGUUUAACUUAUGUAUGAUUGCAAACUUCAAGAUAUUCCACUGAAAAAACAGCAGCUUCCCUCAAAGAAGUGAGAAACUGAAAGGUGGAUUGAAAAGGUUACCUGCAGACAGAGCCCCUGGCAAGUCACUGCUCAAGUGACAGGUCUACCUGUUUUGUAAUGGCAAUUUUAACAGAGAACAGUGUAUCCUAACAUAAUAGUUACUGCUAUUAAUUCAUAGGUGCUAAAACUCAGUUACUACUUUAAGCUUACUUACAUGAGAAAAAUAUAUCAUCUGUACAAUAAACUGUCAUUGGUGGUGCUCUUUCCUUGACUGUCUGUCACAUAACUGCUUUUCCAACGUGUCCCCAAGGGGCAGGUGAGCUGGCUGCUUUCACUGCCUGCUGUGGCACACUGCAGGUUGUGAUUUGAGAAGCUAAUGUUUUCUGUUGCUGUACUGCAGUAUAGAAAAUGCAACUAAUUGCUGUUUUUACAACUAUGUGCUAUUUGUUGUAACAUCUCAGAAGAUUUAUCAGUCUUGUACACAAAUUAUGUUGUUUUGAGCAAGAUCAAUUUAUAACAGUAUUUGUCUCUUUAAAAUUUGCAAACCUGCAGGUCUGUUGCUUUUCUUUGCAGCCCACACAACCACUUGCAAGUUGCUCUUAUCCCUUAACAAAGUGCUUCUGGGAUGGCCGGGUCAGGAGCUGGAUCUCAAGUUAAGGCAGCUGUCUAGGUCAGACCUGCAUGCUUGGUUUCCAGCAGCUGGCACUAUGCUCUGGGUGAAAAACCAGAAGAUGGAUUCAGAUGUGGGCUGGUGGUGGGGUGUGGUUGUCUUUUGGUCCUUUUUCACAGUUAGCAAAAGCUGUUGUGAUCCAACACCUCUGACUUCCCAGAAGAUAUCUCUCUUCCCUUUCUCCACUGGGUCCAGUACCACCACUCCACUUUCACUCUGGAGGGAAGGAGCUGUGCUUUCCGCAAGAGCCAGUUCUGUUUGACUCGCCAAGUCCCUGUUGGGAGUUACUGCAGUUGUGCUAAAUAAAUAGUGAAUUUUACUCGUGCAGUUCUGCACUUACUGAUUUGUAACAUGCUGUUGUAUUACACAACAUAGAAAAAGUUAUUUCUAUAAAUGUUGUAGUCACAAGAUCAAAAAAGCUUUUUAAGAACUUACAAAUAACCUGUGACUUUUAGCUGUAACAGUUGUAUUCAGAUUUUUUUAAGGACUUUCCAAGCUAACUUUUACUUAUGAAUAACUGCUGUUAAAAGUCCUUAUCUAUGACAGUGCUUCUCUAUACUUAAAACAGGAAAUAACUGUAGUAUUUUAAGCAAUGUUUUAUGUUAAGCAUGGGUAAAUGACAACUCCUUUAGUACUUAAGAUUAUUAGUAACAUACAACUGUUUGGGGUUUUUUAAAGACCUUUUUAAUAUCAUUGCAGUAUUAUGCUAAAUUUGGUUGGUUGAAUUUGGGUUGUGUUUAUGUUGCUGCAGCCCCACUGACUGCAAUGUGCUCAUUCUUCAGGCUUUCAUGCAAUUUUCAUGUUGAACUGGAUGGAUAUGGAUACAGUUGACCGAAGUCUGUGCCAACUCAGACCCUUGCAACC